UAUGGAUUUCAUGAUAUAAUAUUGAACUUACAUAUUCUGAUUAUUCGGAUCGGAUUUACUCCUUCCUAAACAUUAGUGAUAAAUACCGUUGCACACAAAUAUUUCCUGGAAAUGCCUUCAUUAGCUGAAAAUUUAAAAGCCCCUGAAGAGAACAAGGGGGCUCUAAAUUCGAACCAAUCAAAUCAUUAUUUAUCCAUCAACAAUAAUACACUUUAUUUAAAUCAAGACGAACUUGAAGAUGAAGUAUGUAUCGGAUGUCAUGUGAACAACAAUAAUCCGAGAGUUGACAAUGAGAAACAAAUGAACACAAAUUGGGCUGCAGAUACCCAGAUUCUUUUACCAGCAAAAUGGACAAAGAGUGUUGAACCAUCUCUCACGUAUAUUAAUGAUGAAUCAGAAGAGUUGAAUAACCAGUCGAAGAAGAGAAUAUGCAUACUGGAAUGUCAUUUAUGUGGAUCAGAAAAAGCCUGGGAUCAAAUUCAUGAAGAAAAUGAUGAAUUGAAAACGUUAUAUCACAAUUUACAAGAUCCUCACUGUCAUCAGAAUGGUAAAGUGAAUAAAAAUGGUUUAGUAAACAAACAAGUCAAUGGAUUUCCAAUGCACGAAAUUAAUAAAAUUAAAUGGAUUGAAAAAUGUAAAGAGUUUGAAAAUGAAAUAAAAGAUUUGAAGAGAGCUAAAGAUAAAGUAUUUCGUCAAAACAUCAAAUAUGAAGAGAAGAUAUCUGAACUAACGAAUAAACUCAAUUCGAAACAAGAUCAAAUACGUAGUUUACUUAUUGAAUUAGAACAAUCAAAUCAAAGGUUAAAUGAACUUGAAACACAAUUCAAAGCUUACAAAGCACAGACAAGACAAAAUGAAGAGAAUUAUGAACAAUUAUCUCGUGAAUUUGUUAUAAUGAAACAAUUUAAAGAACAGGCUGAAGUGAAUGCUAAAAAUUGUGAAAAUAAUCGAUUGUUGUGUGAAAAACAAAUGAAAGAAUUAGAUGAAAAUUAUGAAAAAAGUAAACAACGUUACUACGAUGACAUUCAAGGAUUAAUGAGUCAGUUGGACAUGGAGCGUUCAAGAGCAGAUGAACUUUUGCAAAAAAUUGAACAGAAUCGUCGUCAAAAUGAAGAUAAAAUUAGAACGAUUGAACAAACGCAACAGAAAAAACUUGAUAGUUUGUUGGAAGAAAGUCAAAGAGAACUCAAAAGACAAUUGGUUAAAGUUAAUGAACAAAUAAAAGAACAACAAAUGAAAAUAUUUAAUCAAGAGUUGAAAAUCUCCACCUUAGAAUCAGAAAAAAAUGAGCUUAUACAGGUAAACAAAAAAUCCGCUGAUGAACAACAGGAAUUACGUGAACAAGUUAAACUAAUUGAACAUUUACUGACAGUUAAGGAUCAAGACAUAUCAAUGAUACAGUUCGAGUGUCGUCUUUAUUCUGAUAAAUUAAAACAAAUUCAAAUAGAGAAAAGUCAUCUUAUAGAAAAAGGAAGAUUCAUAAGACAAAGAUAUCAAAAUAAAGCUAGACGAGCAUGGGAACACUGUCAAACAGUUCGAGCACGUUUAAGUAGACGGCUUAUACAAAUACGUUAUAACAGAGACUUACUGUCGAAACAUUUAAGAAAACAGUAUGAACAAAUGAAUCGUCUUAAUAAUCUCUUCUGGGAAACAGGAUGGGCUUAUGUACAAACACAAAAUCGUUUACAGGAUAUUAACCAAAAGGAAAAAGAAUAUGUGGAUAAGGAAGUUCAAACAUUUGCAUUUACAAAUAAAACAAAACAGCUGAAGAUGACUACUGACCAGAUAAUACAAACCGAAGUCUCCCAGUUGGAUAAUGAACUCAAAGACGAUACAAUAUUAUCAUCAGCCAUAACAUGGAUUUCAAAUGAUUUGGACAAUUUAACUGAAAAAUUAGAAGAAUUAAUCAAAUAUCAAGGAACAGAAAAUUGUUACAAUUUUGAUCAGUACAAUGAAAAUCUACAGAUUGGAAUUGGUCAAAAAGUAUCUUUAGUUUCCUUAAUUUUGGGUUUAAAAUGUAAAGUGAAUUGGUUACGUAGAUGCUGUAAUCACUUAACGAAUAACACCUGCGAUCAGAAUUUUGAGCAGUCAGACAAAAAUGAAUUAAUUAAAUUAGGAAAUAUUAAGAAGAAUUUUGAAAAUUCUACAAAAAACUUGAAAUUAUUACUUAGUCAAAUGGAAACUGAUGCACUAGAAGAUGAAUUAUCGUGUGUUGGUUAUCUUGCGCAAACAACAGCUAACCAGCUAAAGCUUAGUCACUUACGGCUAGAAGAAAAUCUGGAUUCAAUCAGAACCGAUCUUAUUCGCUUAAAGGCUGAGUGUCACUAA